AUGCUUGGUAUUGCAAUUCGCGUAGCGCAACGCAUGGGGCUUCACAGCGAGGCAAUCUGUUGCGAAUAUUCACCCUUGGAAGCUGAAAUGCGCCGACGACUUUGGUGGGCGUUGGUCUUGUUCGAUACGAGAAUUGGGGAAAUGGCAGACUAUCGCACCACGACACUUACUCCGCUGUGGGACUGCAAAGUUCCGUUGAAUGUUAACGACACUGAUAUGCGACCGGAAAUGACAACCGCUCCAAAAGUUCAGGGGAAGUCAUCCGAGGCACUGUUCGCUGUGGUCAGGGGUGAAGUAGGAGAGUUCCUGAGGCACUCGUCAGCUCACCUGGACUUCACGUGCCCGGCCCUCAAGAUCCUUGCGCGAAAGGCGCAACCAGAUGCUCCAGCGGGUGCUGAUGAGGUUGAUAUCUGGGAGAAAUCUAUAGAAGAUCGGUAUCUUCAGUUUUGUGACCCAGAAAACCCUCUUCACUUUAUGACGCUCUGGGCGACUCGACAAGCUCUUGCAAAAUGUCGCCUCAUCAGCCACUAUUCAAAGCAUACACCAGGGCGCCCAACAGAUGCCCAGCGCGAUGCUGUCAUCCCUUAUGCACUCCGCAUGCUAGAGUGUGAUACGAUAAUUUUGACUUCGCCGAGUGCACAACGGUACUUUUGGCUCAUGCACUUUUACUUCCCGUUCCCAGCCUAUCUUCAUCUCCUGCACGAUUUACGAAGAAGACCCCUCAGCAAACACGCUCAGCACUGCUGGAGUUUGAUGAGUGACAAUUUUGAGGCUCGUGCCAAGUGUCUUCGUCGCGUAUCGCCGAAUUUGCUUUUCAGAACCAUCACCGCAACCGUUUACCACGCCUGGGAGGUGACCGAGUCAGCCUUGAGACAAGCUGGACACUCGCCGGAGACACCCAAGAUAGUUUGCAUCAUGAGAACCUGGCUAUCCAAAGAAGCCGUCAAUGCUGCUCAGGAAGCCCCGCCCAAUGUAAUGACCGCACAAAGCCAUACGGCCCUUUGGCCGACGCAGAUGCACAAUACCCCUGCUCCUGCGGACCCGUAUACACCCAUCACCGGAAACAAUGCCUUUACAGGUCUACCACCAUGGAUGACCUUUGACAUAAGUGGACAAAUGGGAGACAGUAUGGGCACAAAUCAGCCCGAUUGGUCUUUCAUGAAUUGGGGACUAUGA